CUAAUGGCGAAAGUGCAUCACAAUUCACUGUGAAUCCCUAGCGUGGGAUAUAUUCUUUUGUUUUCAACGAUUAAUUACGCUCAAAAAAUGACAAAAACACGAAGUACCGCUGCCAAAAUCGCCCUUCCUUUGUUUUUUGUCGCUGUUGUGUGCAUAUCCGUGGCCUUUUCAACGACACAUUGGCUGGAAAACUGGUCAAAGUACUAUGGAGAUAAAUUUGAUAAAUUGGGUUUGUGGGUCCAUUGCUUUCGUUCGUUACCCGAUCCACACGAUACUCUCCACUUGAGAUAUUUUACGGGCUGUCGAUGGGUUUUCAAUCCUUUCACUGCUGGAUAUGUUGAGAUGAGGGACUUUCUCAUGCCUCCAUUCUUUAUUGCUGUACAGCUGUUUUUUACACUGUGCUUCAUGUUGAUGCUAGUAGGCAUAGCAGGGACACUGAUGUAUGUUUUGUGUUUCACAUAUGAGCACCAAGUCAAACUCUUACGUGCCCUUGCAUGGGACUUGACCAUUGCAGCCUUUUGUGGAACAAUUGCUGUUAUCACCUUUGGAGCCUUAGGAGAUUCACGUGAUUGGAUGCCAGACUUUGAGCACAACUUUUUAUCAUGGUCGUUUGGGUUGGCAGUUGUUGGAACCUUUGGCCUUUACCUCUCUGCCACUCUAUUUUUUAUUGAAGCUAAAGUUCAAGCCAAGAAACAGAGAGAUACGACAUCGCAAGCGACUUUUUCUCUGGAACAUAAAGUAUGAAAUGUUUCUUAACUUUUUUUACAUUCUGUUGUGCAUUCCGUUUUUGAUAACAAAAGCCGUCCACUUCAUUCGUCUAUUGUGGCACAAACCAUUUGUCACAUUACGUUAGAUUGUGUUAAGCUAAGAUUAUACGAAUCUCAGUGCAGCUAUUGCACUUUUGGCCGACUUUUACUGUGUGACUGAAUACAAUUUUGUAACUUUAA